AUGGGAAAGAUUAUCUUCUAUGAAGACAGGAAUUUCCAGGGUCGCUCUUAUGAGUGCAACUCUGAAUGUCCAGACUUGUCCUCUUACUUCAGACGUUGUAACUCUAUCCGUGUAGAAAGUGGAAACUGGAUCCUGUAUGAACACCCCAACUACAGAGGACAUCAGUAUUUUCUGCAUAGAGGAGAAUAUCCUGACUUCCAGCAAUGGAUGGGUUACAAUGACUCUAUUCGUUCUUGCCGCUUAAGCCCUCAGCAUCAGGGAUCAUUUAGGAUUAGGAUCUAUGAAAGAGAAGAUUUUAGAGGCCAAAUGAUGGAGUUCACUGAAGAUUGCCCUCAUGUGUUUGAGAGAUUCCGUUACAACGACAUUAAUUCUGCCCAUGUGCAAGAUGGAUAUUGGAUGUUCUAUGAGGAGCCCAACUAUAGGGGACGUCAGUAUUACCUGAGGCCUGGAGAGUACAGAAGAUACAGCGACUGGGGAGCAUCUAAUCCCAAAAUUGGUUCUUUUAAACGAGUUCACCACUUCCUCUGA